AUGCCUACCACCCUUGUUACUGGAGCUACCGGCUUUCUGGCAGGUCAUUGUGUUGACCAACUGCUCAAGGCUGGUCAUACCGUCAUCGGAACUAUUCGAAGCCCCCAGAAGGCCGAGCGACUUGCGGAGGCCUUUAAGAACGAGGUCGAGUCCGGCAAGUUCGAGCUUGAGACACUCAAGGACGUCCAGGAUGAGGUCGAGUUCCAGGUCAUCUUCGAGAAGCACCCUGAGAUUGACUACAUUCUGCACACGGCCUCGCCUUUUAACAUGAAGGCUGAGGACCCCGAGAAAGAUAUGCUUCAGCCUGCCGUCAAAGGAACCACUGCUGUUCUGAAAAUGGCCAAGACUCAUGCUCCCAAUGUGAAGAAGAUUGUCAUCACCUCUUCUUUGGCCGCCAUCAUGGACGUGUCCAAGUACAAUGACCCUACUCACACUCUGACUGAGAAGGACUGGAACCCAAUGACCCGAGAGCAGGCGGCUGAGAAAGGCAACCCCUUUGCCAACUACGUGGGAUCCAAGCUGUAUGCCGAGAAGGCAGGUCUGGAAUUCCUGAACAACGAGAAACCUCACUUCUCCAUCACCUGGAUCAACCCCUCCUAUAUCUUCGGUCCCGGUAUUGCCCUGGACAUGUCUGCUCUCAACACCUCAAACGAGCUGAUUGCUGCUGUUCUUCAGUCCAAGAAGGGCCAGAACCCUGAGGGCUCUGCGGGCUGGUUCGUCGACGUCCGAGACUGCGCUGAGGCUCACGUUAUUGCUCUCAAGCCCGAGCUUGACCGAAGGAGACUGCUUCUGGGCACCAGUGCUUUCUGCACCCAAGACAUCGAAGAUAUUGCCAACAAGAUCCCCCAGCUGGAGGGUAAUAUCGCCACCGGAAACCCUGCCAACCGAGAUAAGGAGCUCAAAACUGUUUGUCAGCUCGACUGCUCCGAGACGGAUAAAUUGCUAGGAAUUAAGUGGAUCCCUCUUCAGAAGAGUGUCACUGACUUUGCUGAGCAGUGGAUUAAGUCUCAGUAG